AUGUCCACCACAGGAAAAUUACCAGACCUAGCAUCCGACGCCGUCCUCAAACCAUCCAUCCCCAUCCCUUCCGACUUCCAAGAAGUCAAAGGAAUCGACUACUCUCAAGAUGCAGCCUACAACCUGUCCGCAACCCACCUCAUCCAAUCCAUGUCCACCAUGGGUUUCCAAGCCAGUUCCCUCUCCCAAGCCUGUCUGAUUAUCAACAACAUGAGAUCCUGGAGGGGAAAACAUAGGUCCGAACUCGAAGAUCAUGAAUCACAAAAAGGAGAAUUCGAUCUGGAAGGAUUCCAAAAAACUACGAUUUUUAUGGGAUAUACUUCAAAUCUCAUAUCUAGUGGGUUGAGAGAUACAUUGAGAUUCUUAGUCCAACACAAGAUGGUGAGUGCGAUAGUUGCGAGUGCUGGUGGGAUUGAGGAGGAUUUGAUUAAGGUGUUGGCACCUACAUAUAUGGGUGAGUUUAGUUUACCAGGUAAGGGACUUCGUGAUCAAGGAAUGAAUAGAAUUGGGAAUUUGUUGGUUCCAAAUGAUAAUUAUUGUAAAUUUGAAGAAUGGAUCGUUCCUAUAUUAGAUAAAUGUUUAGAAGAACAACAAGAAGCGAUGUCCAAGCUUGGUUCGAAUGGAUUGGAUGCUGAUUCGGAUGCGAUUUGGACUCCAUCGAAAUUGAUUGAUAGGUUGGGGAAAGAAAUUAAUGAUGAGAGUUCGGUAUUAUAUUGGGCUCAUAAGAAUAAGAUCCCAAUUUUUUGUCCUGCUUUAACUGAUGGUUCUAUUGGUGAUAUGUUAUUCUUUCAUACUUUUAAAUCGUCCCCACAACAAUUACGUCUUGAUAUCGUGGCAGAUAUUAGAAAGAUCAAUUGUAUGUCGAUGGAAGCAUCACAAGCAGGGAUGAUUAUCUUGGGUGGUGGGUUGAUUAAACAUCAUAUUUGUAAUGCAUGUUUGAUGAGAAAUGGUGCUGAUUAUGCCGUGUAUAUUAAUACCGGACAAGAAUUUGAUGGGUCGGAUGCUGGUGCUAGACCGGAUGAAGCUGUUAGUUGGGGGAAAAUCAAGGCAGAAGCUAAAUCAGUUAAGGUUUAUGCUGAUGUUAGUUUGGUAUUCCCAUUGAUUGUGGCUGCUACUUUUGCCAGUGAGAGACCAGCACCAGUAGCAGAAUAG